AUUGCAGCUAAGUAGAUCUUUUUAUGGUUCACACCUCUAAUACAUAACAGGUUGAGCAGAGUUUCUGAAAUUUCAUUUAAGAGGCUCACUGUAUUAUCCCAUAAUACUAUCUCAAUCUAGUAUUCACUUUACUGAAUUUUAAUUCUUCAAAAUGGAAGCUAGCGAUCCGGCUCCCUGGAAGAAGCUUGACCCGGAGAAGCUUCGUCGCGAAGCCGAAUCCAAAGAGGCCAAGCUUAAGAGACAACAAGAGCAGCGAAUCGCAAGAUCCGAAGCCCGCAAAGAAAAGCGCCAUGCCAAAUCCGAAGCUAAGCAAGCGCGAAAGGCAAACGUCGGCCGCGCUGCUAAGUGGAAUACUGAACGCAAAGCAGCCGACAAGUUGAAGAAAUUGGCCAACCGACCACACAAGCAAGAGAAGCGACGCAAGCGACUACGCCUACGCGCUCAGAAAUUGGAGGCGCAAGCUAUCAAGCUGAUGGCCGAGGCGCAGAAAGCUAAGGCCCGUGCUGAUCUUCUAGACGAGCAGCGCGAGAAAGAGGAUGCCGAGAAGAACAAGGUGUCUCGUGAGGUUGAGAAGAUGGCAGCCGACUCCGAGGAUGAGAACUAUAUUCCUCUGGGUGACCGCAAGCCCAAGCGUACUAAAACAGAGGAAGUAGAUAGUGAAGACAGCGACGACAGUGAAGACAGCGACGACAGUGACGACAGUGACGACAGUGAAGACAGUGAAGAUGAUGCGCCCCCCAAGAAGGAAAAGAAGCACAAGAAGAAGGACAAGAAGAAGGCCGAGAAGAAGGACGAGAAGAAGGCCGAGAAGCGUAAGCGCAAGGCUGAAGAAGAUGACGAGCGUGACUCUAGCGACUCAUCCGAUGCUGAUGUUGCGGGUGGUGUGGAGCUACCUAAGGAGGAAAAGAAGAAGAAGAAGAGAAAGUUAGAGAAGGCCGCCGAGGAGGCUAGUGCUCAAGAGGAAGUUGAGGCGCGAAAGGAAAAGAAGGACAAGAAGAAGAAGAGAAAGGAGAAGGAACAGGCCGAGGAUGGAACGCCCAAGCACUAGGUGGCGAUGACAAGAGGAAGGAGAAAUUCCUCCGCCUUCUCGGUGCCAAGAAAUCCAACGGUACGACAGACGCAGGGAGUCAUAACGCACCCUCCACGUCAAAGGCGUAUAUCGACCGAGUCCAACACGACCUAGAGCGACAGUACGAUAUGGGGAUGAGGAUGAAAAAUGAAGGCCAGGGACAGAAGAGGGGUCUUGGAGCGUGAUCCAUCGUAGUUACCUAUGUAUUCAUACGAAAUGGCGUUUUGAAAGGUCAAGGUUUAUACCAUCUGAUUCGAGCUGCUUUCUUGAUGUCAAUUAUCAUAUCAGUUGAGAUAUUGGCAAUGCUAGUUCUAUGCAUUUGAACACAUCUCAGCAUGUGUACCUAUUAAACAGGACUUCAUUACGCGUGAUCAUU